GCAAAGUGAAGAAGUCUCUCCGAUUUUUUAUUAUUUUCAGAAGAAAAACAAAAAGUGGAAUCAGUUUUGAUUGUUAGGAAUUUUUCGAAAGAGAAAAAUGUCGCCUCGAAAAAAUAAGCGCCCUAGAUCCAGUUAUAAUGGUCAAUCAGAAAAGAGUGAAACUCGCUCAGUUGAUCAAAUGCAAAUUGAUGAUUCUCAAGCUGAAGGAGUUUCUUCCAUUCUUGCGGAACUUUCUAUUUCAAUGAUUGAGUCUAAAAUUGAAGAAGAAGAAGAUAAUUAUCGCACAAAAUUGUUGGAAAAAGAAGCUGAUUUCAAGGAAUUACUUUACGACGAACAGAGAAGAGGUUUCGAAGAACUUACAAAACAAGAAACCAGUGAAGAAAAUAAUACUUGGGUCCAGCAACAGUUUGAAAAAAUAAGUAAUUACGUAGAAAAUUUCCAACAUGAUUAUAAAGCGAUCAAAGAUCGACAAAUUGUUCACGAGAUGGAACUUUUGAAGAUUAAAAAACAAGAUGAGGAAAUUGAUCACCUUUUAAAAGAAAUCAAGCUUAAAGAGAAACGAAAUUCUAAAAAAAAUGCCGAGAAGGCCGAAAAAGUUGAUCUCCUGGAGAAAAUUAGAAAGCAGAAAGAGGAGGUCAAGGCUGAUAUCGUUUUGUGGAAAAAGCGAAUUCAAAAUCGAAAAGAAAAGAAAGCAAAAUUCGAUGAAUUGAGUGCCAAAUUUCAACAAAAGGAACAAGAGAAAUUUGAGGCUGAAAAAAGAGUCGAAGAAUUGAGAAAUAAGAUUCAAGCUUUGGAGGAUGGUAGAAAGGUCAAAAUAGAAAAACACGAGGCUGAAAUGAAUGAAAAAAGGUUGAGAAUCGAGAAACGUAAAAUGGAAAUUGCUUCUAGAAAGAAAAAAUUAGAUGAUUUAAAAGAAGAGCAGGAUUUGAUACAAAAUAUGGAGCAACAAUUAAGUAUUGAAUCUCGCGAUCGUUUAAGGCGACAAGAAGAACAGAAACAAGAAUCGCAAAAUACGAAAUUGAAGCUUAAAAACAUGGAAGAAAAGUUUGACACUGAAGAAUUGAAAUUCAAGGAACUCUGCGAAGCCAAUAAAAUUCAAAUGAUGAGUUUCAAAGAACUCGAACUUCCAGAAAUCCAAAAGAAUUUCGCCAAUCUUCAAAUUGUCCUUCAUGAAAAGGAAAUUGAACUAAAAAAUACGGAAAAAAAUUUGGAGAGUCUCCAAAAGAAUCAAGAAGAAGAAAUCCAAACGAAGAGGGAAAAACUUCAGGAAGCGAUGCUUCUUUUGGAGGCUGAAAAACGGAAAUUCGAGGAGCAGAAGAAAAUUUCUGAGGAACUCGAUCAGAAAAUAUCUAAUGCCCGGAAAAGAAUUGAAGAACUGGAACGAGAAAGGGAGGAAAAUUUGAAUCGCAAAGAAAUUGCUUUGGCCCGAAAGAAGGAAUUGAAUAGUAAAAUCGAAGAAUUGAAUGUGAAGCGAGAAGAAAAGGAAAAAGAGACAGAAAUGAUCAAAGAUAUGAAUAAAGGUGCUUUGGAUGUUAAUAAACACGUAAUGGAGGCCCUAAAACAUCGUGAAUCCCUACAAACUGAAAUCGAUGAAUUUAAAAAAGAGUACGAAGAAAAACUGUCUGAAAUAGAAAACAGAAUUGCUGUGAAAUCCAAAAAUCAAGAGGAGAAAAUAUCGGAAUUGGAAUCCGAGAUUGAACAGAAUGCUAAAACUCUUUCUCAGAAAAAACGCGAGGGGAAAAAGAAAGAAGAUGAGAAAAUGCAGAAGGAACGAAACCUUCGAGAAAAACUUUCAAAAUUGGAAGAAGAAAUUGCAAAAGCUGAUGAAGAGCUAGAGGUAGGUUCCACUUUAACUCAAGGAAACACACAAGCGAAUUUGAAGUCAAUUCUGAAGUCACCGAAAGCUACAAUAUCUCAGUCAAAAUCACCAAAAACGGUGAAAUUCGACAUUGCAUCUGAAGAUUCUUGUUCCGCCCCCUAAAAAAAGUAUCAGAAAUUUUUCAAUUAUUAUUUUAAAGUAGAUUUUAAAGAGUUCUAUCGACCUAAGAGCUUCAAUUUUACGACAAUCAAAGAAAUGUGAUAAUUUAUUUUUAUAGAAGAUUCGACUGCGAAAGCAGAAUAAUAUUUUUCUACGAUUUAAGAAUAAAAUUCCUUUUUAUUUAACAAUAUUAAUGAACUAUUUACAAUUUAGAGACUAAUUAAAAAAUUAAGCGUAGCAUUUGUAUUUCUCGAGUUUGCUGACAAAUUUUUGAAAAACUUGAACACCCUCGCGAAAUUUCGUUAAGGCUGGCAAGUUUGUCUCGCCUGCCUUUUCAAGUUGAGUUUCAGCGAAUAAAGAGGGAAUAUUCGGGGCAGUUGUUGGGUCAAAAUCGUCGACUUUUUCCACGUCGAAGGGAAUGCAGAUUUUUUGCGUUUUGUUGUGAGGACUGAAGGGACAUUUCAGCAAGUGAUUUAAAACUUUUGUGACGCCAAUGUCCAAUCUGGGAUAGAAAUAUUGGAUCAUUAAUUCUUCUGCCACAAACACGGUUCUCCAUUCGUUCGUUUUCUGGAAAAACACAUUUUUAUUUAAAUUCAAAAUCACAUUUUAAGGCUGUUUUAAUCCAGGAAAAAAAUUCCCCAAAGUUUUCCCGG